CUUCCUGCCGCGCGCUCGGCGACUUCCGCUCCUUUUCAUCCGUGCGGCGUUUAGGCUUCUCCAGGCGGUAGUCUGCGCUGGUGUGGUGGCGAGGCCGGCGACCGCAGCCAUGACAGAGGCUGAUGUUAAUCCAAAGGCCUAUCCCCUGGCAGACGCCCACCUCACCAAGAAACUACUGGACCUUGUUCAGCAAUCGUGUAACUACAAACAGCUUCGGAAAGGAGCCAAUGAGGCCACCAAAACGCUGAACAGGGGCAUCUCUGAGUUCAUCGUGAUGGCAGCAGAUGCUGAGCCCUUGGAGAUCAUCCUGCACCUCCCACUUCUGUGUGAAGACAAGAAUGUCCCCUAUGUGUUUGUGCGUUCCAAGCAGGCCCUAGGGCGGGCCUGUGGGGUCUCCAGGCCUGUCAUUGCCUGUUCUGUCACCAUCAAAGAAGGCUCUCAGCUCAAGCAGCAGAUCCAGUCCAUUCAGCAGUCUAUUGAAAGGCUCUUGGUCUAAACCUGUGGCCUUGCCCAUUCCUUGACACCCUCCCCCUUGUGUAUCAUAUUGUCUGUGUUAGCAUAUAGUAUUUUCAGCCCCUCUCUUAUAAAAUAAUGUACGACAGUA